CCCCACAGCUUCCAGCUCUGCUCUCAACCCGAAAGCGAGGGCCUUUCCUCCCCGCACCACCCACCUGAACCUCCAUUAACUCCUCCACAGCCCGGCGAUUCCCCGUCCUCGGACCGCAGCCAUGUCCGCGGUACGUCUCCUCGCUCUGCUACUGGUGGCGGCCUUGGUCGCGGCGCCGGCGCGCGUGGCCGCGCAGGGGGCGUGCGCGGCGGAGAGGUUCACCAAGAACCGCGUGUACGCGGCGUGCAGCGACCUGCCCACGCUGGGCGCGUCCGUGCACUGGACCUACGACCCGGCGGCGUCGUCCCUCUCCGUGGCGUUCGUGGCCGCGCCGGCCUCGGCCGGCGGGUGGGUCGCCUGGGGGCUCAACCCCACCGGCAGCGGCAUGGACGGCACGCAGGCGCUCAUCGCCGCGCCAGGCAGCGGCGGCGGCGCGUACGGCGUCCAGACGUACGCCAUCUCGGGGUACGCGCUCGGCUCGCCGGGGCCCAUCGCCUACAAGACGUCCGACCUGGCCGCCGAGGUCGGCUCCGACGGCCGCGUGCAGAUGUUCGGGAAGCUGGAGCUCGCCAACGGCAGCGCGGAGGUCAACCAGGUCUGGCAGGUCGGGUCGGUCUCCAGCGGCAGCAUCGGUAUACACGGCAUGGCCGCCGCCAACAAGAACGCCAAGGGGAAGCUCAACCUGGUCACGGGGGCCAGCACGGCAGCCAGCGGAGGGGGCAGCCUCCUCAGGAAGAAAAAUACACAUGGAAUUCUGAAUGCUGUGAGCUGGGGAAUUCUGCUGCCCAUGGGAGGCAUAGUUGCUAGAUAUCUCAAGACAUUCAAAUCAGCCGACCCUGCAUGGUUUUACCUCCAUGUUGCUUGUCAGCUGAUUGGGUAUGCUGUGGGGGUAUCUGGCUGGGCCACUGGUAUUCAUCUUGGCAAUCUGUCCAAGGGGAUCACCUACUCGCUUCACAGGAACAUUGGGAUCACAGUAUUUGCUCUCGGUACUCUCCAGAUCUUUGCCCUGUUCUUGAGGCCGAAGCCGGAUCACAAGUUCCGCCCAUACUGGAACGCGUACCACCACUCGGUGGGCUACACCAUCAUCAUCCUGGGCAUCGUCAACAUCUUCAAGGGCAUGACCAUCCUGGGCGUGGAGCAGAAGUGGAAGACGGGGUACAUCAUCGCCAUCAGCAUCCUGGGCGGCAUCGCGGUGGCCCUGGAGGCCAUCACCUGGAGCAUCGUCCUCAAGAGAAGGAAGACGGAGAACAAGAACUACAAUGGCAACGGCAACGGCCAGUUGCCGCUCUCCAUGUGAUUCUUCUUCCUUUCCAGUAGUUGAUCAGGUCCGUCCGUGCGGGAUUUGAUUGGUGUGCUGAGCCGCGUGCGUGUGUGCAUUGGGCAUAUGUAGGAGGUUUAGGGUAUUCUUAUCUUGCUUGGCCUCUUUCUUUUUGUAUGAUGACGAUUAGAUGUGUGUAUACUACUUGCAUGUUAUACUGGAGAUGAGAGAGGUGCCGAUCGAUCGAUAUACG